UGAGAACACAGCAAUGGGUGAGGAUAGCUGACAAGAUCUGGGAAUGGAUAUCAUUCCUAUCCUAUCAGACCCACAACCUACUUACUUAAACCUCGUUUAUGUCAAUAAGAAAACAAUGAAAAUAAUCGGACAAUAGAAUAUUAGAACCCUUUACGCCUUCCACACAAUUGCCAUUUAAAAAGAAGAAUGAUAAAAGGGGCCAUGCCGAUGACUGGAAGCCCAGACAUGGCGUAGAGAACGCGAAAAUUCAAAUGGAAUGUAUUGAGGAAAAUCCGCUGAGCAGGGAAGCGUACACUCAACUGGAGAACGUUAUCUUCCUCGACGAACCAGAUGUGCGUAAAUAUGUGACCUGUAUGGCCAUCAAGUGGGGCAUCUUCAGCGAGCAGCAGGGCUACAACGCUGAACGCCUAGCUAGGCAAUUUAAUUUUGGCCUGUCCGAGGACGAGGCCCUGCAGAUCGCCCAGAGCUGCAUCGACGACAACUCGCAGAAGAGUCCUACGGAUGUGUGGGCCUUCAGGGGAAACCAGUGCGUAAUGGCCAGCAAGUUCGGCGACACCAUUAGGGCCAUCAUUGAGGCGGAGAAAAAAAAAUUGCGGCGGACUAGGCUGUAGAUAUACCAAUAGCCCAAUAAAGAGAGUCCAUCACUUGUGCUGGAAUGCAACCAUUCGAA